AUGGUCCACAGCCUCGCAGACUGGUUCGCAGCACACGGCGUCUGGCUCGCCCCGUCCAUUCACCUCGUGUCGGUCGCCCAAAUCCCGCUCGACCUCAUCCUCUCGCACCGCUCGUCCGCCCUCGCGACCGCCGUCGACGACAGCGACGACGACCCGCUCGCUGCACACGCGCCUGCGCUGCGCCUCGCCGUGCAUGUCGCGCACGAGCUCGCUCUGGGCUCGCGCUCGCGGUGGGCGACCUACCUCGCGCUGUGCCCGCCGCGAGAGGCAGUCCCGAUCGCUCUGCUGUGGGAGGGCGACGCGCAGAGGUGGGCGCGAGGGACAGAGCUGGCCAAGGAGUGCGAUAGGAUCGGCAUCGACAAGGCGGUCCUCGAGCGGUUCUACGACGACGUCGCCCUCCCCCUCCUCUCUUCCCUUCCGUCGACCUCGUCCACCUCUCCAGCCUCCCUGUCAACUUUCCUACAUGCCUACACGCUCGUCUCGUCGCGCGCCUUCCAGGUCUCGUCCUUCCACUCUCUCGCCCUCGUCCCGCUCGCCGACGCCUUCAACCACUCGGACCCGCCGCACGUCCACCUCGCGAGCGACGCGUGGGUCUGCCCCGAGUGCGGCACGCUCGGCGUCUGCGCGCACGACGACGAGGACGAGGGCGAGCGCGAGCGCGACUUGGCGCUCGAGCCGCUGCGCACCGAGCCCGCUCGCGACGAGGCCAACACGGUCGACAUGGUGAGCGAGCGCGACAUCGAGGCGGGCGACGAGGUCUUCAACAUGUACGGCAGCGCCUUCUCGAACGCGCACCUCGUCGCGGCGUACGGCUUUCUCCUCGAGGGCAACGAGCACGACGUCGUCUCGUUCGAGCGGCGCGGCGCCCUCGAGACGCUCGUGUGCCUCGUCGGCGCGACAGCUGGGCCCGAGCGCUCGAUCGGCGAGCUUGAGCGCGAGCUCGACGAGCUGAAAACCGCUUGGCGCACGGUCUCGAACGGCGGCCCCCUCCUCGACUUCGACCACCCUCUCAUCGCUCCUCCUCCUCCUCCCACAUCGUCCAUCUCGGCGCUCCAGGAUCUCUACAUCGACGCCGACGCCCGCAUCUCGUCCUCCCUCUGGCUCGUCGUCGCGCUCAUCGCUCGCCACGUCGCGAGCGGCACGUUCCCCUCGGCGAGGAGGCGCGACGAGGAGCCGCCUGCGGCCAAGCGGGCUCGCGGUGCGGCGCCCGAUGUAGGAGCGGGGCCGAUGGACAUGCUGCAGAGCGCGGUCGGGCUCGCAGAGCGGGCGGGCGAGGUGUGGCGAGCGAGCGAGGACGCUCUCGAGGCAGGUGCAGCAGGGUCGGGCGUUCCGUCGUCGGUCGAUGACGAGCCAGAUAAUGUGGAGCAGGCGGUCGAGCGCGAGACGCUACGCUGGGCGGGCGUGCUCGUGCGGGGCUUGUGCGCGGCGAGGGUCGAGGAGCAGGUCGAGGAGGCUCGAGGGAACAAGGCGAGCGAGCUGUACGAACGGGCAGAGGAGGCCGACGACCCGUCUCUUCGCCUUGCGAUCGAGUUCCUCGCCGGCGAGCGACUUUUGAUAGAGCGGGUCGUGUCGCAAUGGACGUUCAUCUAG